GCUAGCAGCCAAGGAGCUAGCUACUUACAAGAUAAUCUGCUAAACGUACUCGCUGUUUUAACUUUUGUUUGUCGUUCCGGGUGUGUUAUAUUUUUCACACGUCCUGUCAAGAUCCAGAGCUUGGGAUCCCUCCGUUUGUUCUCCUGGAAUAAGAUGGUCGUUUUGACAAAUAGCAAUGAGGAACAGGAUUAUAUCCUGAUAGAGGAGCGUAAAUGCACCUCCCUGCCCAGCUCUCCCGCCAAACGAGUGUCUCCAUCCAAGAAGAAGCAGUUUUAUAUCAACCAAGCCAUCCGCAACUCUGACCUCACUCCCCGAGCCAAAGGCAAGAAGAGCCUCCGCCGGCAGGAGAACACACGCUUCCUUGCUAAUCUUCUUGAGAGGGAUGAGUGCUCCAAAGAUGAUUUGGAAGUUUGCAGUAACCCGGCCAUCCCGUCCAUCUUCACUGAGGCCUGCACCAACGGAAACUACAUAGAGCCAUGGAAUGACUUCAUGAACUGCUCUGGUGAGGAGCAGGAGAGGCUGCUGUCUCUACUGGAGCAGGAGGGCGCCAAGAAGAAAAACACCACCCGGCCCCUCAAAGACGAGAGGAAUGUAAAUCUUGCCUUCACUGCUCAGGACUGCUUUCAGAGAAUCGACCGUCGGCUGCGAGCGACUCUGAGGCGGAAACAAAUCCCCGUGGGAACUCUGGAAGUACUUGAGGAAAACCUUCUGAGCUUCUUCAACGCUCAACCACACUCAGUUUACACAACCAAACUUGCCAGCAGCUUUGAGAGACUGCUGCUUCACGCCGUCUGCCAGUAUAUGGACCUCGUCUCUGCAAGCACCGACAACAACGGCUCACGUCAGACCGAAGUGGUGAACAAACAAGAACAGUUUCUGCCUCCUAGACUUCUGCUGUCUGCCUACGUGGAGCAGAUGAGCUGAGACCAGGACCACGUCCUGUAUCCUCCACACGGCUCUGCGCAGGCUGGAGCCCUGAGAGAUGUAGAUACGGUGUGCGGUCUGUGUGUAAUGUCCGUGUAAUGUCUGCCAUGCUCAGAAAUUCAAAGCUGAAAAAUGUCUGCUUCCUUUUUCUCUGGUCAGUCUCUGGUUUCAGUUGUACAUUCUCCAUUCAUUUUACCCAAAAACCAACUAAGCCCCUGUAUGUUAACGGAGAUCUACGCGCUAAAUGUUACUUGUUAAACAUUAGCAUGUAAGCAGCUACCUGUAGCCAUGUGCAUAUGCUGUGGUUAGCAUUCAGCUCAAAGCACAGCUAAGCACAUGAGGCUGACAGAGGACAACUUGCUACUGUGCAGAGAAUAACCCUUUUGAUUUGGUACGUGACCUCUCUUUACAUGUUCUGCCACACAGAUAAAGAUCUAAGAAUAAUGGUGUAAUCGACGCUGCUUUUCAUCCAACAGUUCUAGUGUAUAAUAAGAAGUACAGCAUCAUGGAGCUGUGUGGCCCAGAUGAACUACUUUUCCCAUACAGCAUUGGGAAUGAAAUGAAUUAUUUUUCUGAAGUUCUAAGUAUACUCAUAAAUCUACUAAUAUAAGGAAGAUGAUUGAUUCUUAACUUUGGGAUAAUGCAGUAAUCUCAUGACCUGAUUUGUGACGUGGAAUUCACAGCAACAAAUUCAUACAGGCAAAGUACAUUUGAUUGAAUGAUUCAAUGUGACAACUUAUCAAGUUUGUACAACAUAAAAUAUUACUUUUUUGAUUGCAAAAAUGAUAUGGCACUGUGUGAAUUCAUAUGCAUUUCAACAAAGCACAAAUUCAUAAUGGUAAAAAAAAAAAAUGGUAAACCUAUGAAAUGAUGGAAAGUGUAUUUUGAAGUCAGGAUCUCUAUGUCUAUGAAUGACAUUUUGUAAAGGUGCUAAGACAGGAACCGCUCUAAUGCAUCACUGCCUGAAGAAUUAGCCUGUAGGGUUUGUGUAUGUAGUGAGGUAUGAAGCAUGAAUAUUAAUAGUCUCUCUUCAUUAUAUGCAUAAACAAAUAUUUCAUCAUUGUAGGUAAAGAAGCAAAUGUGUUUCAUCAAUGGUGAGAAAAAAUGGCUGAUAUGCUAUCAGAAUAAUUAUUAGAUAAUUAUCUCUGUAUUAUGUAUGAGAUGAAAACUUUCAAUUUCUUCAGGAUCUACUUGAAAAAAAUGAUUAUUAUUUUUUUUUCUUUUGCUGUAUCUUUCUGUGCUUGCCUCGUCUCGCCUUGUCACCUUGUCUGCACCAGCUGUGUGUCAGCUGCAUUUUUCAGUAAUGAUCUGAAGAAUUCACUUACAUUUUACCACCAAACUGUCUGUAUCUACCGAGUAACCACUGAGUACAGACUGAAGCAUUGUUUAAGGCUUUAAGUUCAUGUCUGUUUCCCCUUAGAAGCUAAAGUACAUGAUUGUGUGGCUAGUCCAGUGGUAUAUACUGCUACAACUGCAGCUACUGAUGUGCUGCCUUCACUGCACACUGGUGUAGACAAAGUGUCAAUGUUACUUCAGUAAUCAUCAGCAAUCAAAGACAACAUAAGGAACUAUACUAAAGUGAAAAACUGCUAGUAUCCAUGUGCUUUUAGAUUUUUUCAUGCUUUUCCUGCAACAGGCACAGUUAGUUUACAUUGAACACUCAAGUCUAACAUUUAAAGCCUCUUUAUUACAUACACAGAUGAUAUGGUUUAAAGGUAUACUGUAUGUACAGUAGAUGUGUUACAUUCGUACAAAUAUAACCACAUUCAAGCCGUUUUGACGCUAAAAAACCUGCAGAGUUUGACUCUCAGGGGUGUUUCUUCUCAAUAUUAACAGUUGCAACCCCGGAAAAGCACUUCUGCCUUAUGAAUACAAGUUUCUACGUUUUUUCUGUACGUAUAUUUCUACAUUUGUACUUGAUUGGAUUUUGGAAACAGGUUAUUAAAAAAAAAAAUCGUAUCCCUGACUUCCUUUGAUACUGUCGUUGGCAGUGUAACAAAACUUGACUUGUUGGUGCAACAACCAAAGUUUGUGUGUUUGUUUCGUGGGAAUCCAGUUUCUCAGGCUUUCAACUUCUCACUCUGAAUGUCAUGUAGUGACCUCACAUGGUGUCAUUUUCUGUGUACUGUAUACUUUCUUCAAGACGAACUUGUUACGAUCAUGUUCGCCCCGGCACCUUGGGGCGCUGCCAACUUUUUAAAUACGUCUAGAAGUAGUUGUGCUGUAAAUAAGGAACUCAGAUAAUUGACUUGUGCCAACAUUUGGAUUGAAAAGCCUAUAAUAGUCUGAAAGCUUUAUAAACUACACUGAAACAUCUUUGUGUAUAUAAUGGUUUGUGUGUGCUACAGUACUUAGUAUUUAUAAUUAUCACUGCACCUAUUAAAGGAUUUAAGAU